AUGCGGCCACCGCCUCGCCAGCUGCACACGCUGCCGACGCCGUCUCACGGGCGGGCGGCUCGCAGCGGCUCGGCGGACAGGCCCGGCUCGCUACGCGGCGACAGGGCGGCCUCGCCCUCGUCGCGGCUCCUCUACUCGACGCGCGGCGUCGAGCGCGCCACUGCGGCCACGCAGCGGCGCGUCAGGACUGCCGCCCCGCCCGCCGACCCUCGCCAGCACACAUCCGUCGCCACCCCGAUGGCGAUGGCGUGCCUUGGCUCGGCUAGCGGCGGAGCAACAGCGCGGCGCACCGACGGAGCGGCACGGCGCUCGUCCCGCGCCGCCAACCGACGCAUCGCGUCGGCAGCACCACCGCGCUUACGCGGCGGAUGCCCAGGAGAGAGCCGAAUGCGGCCACCGCCUCGCCAGCUGCACACGCUGCCGACGCCGCCUCACGGGCGAGCGGCUCGCAGCGGCUCGGCGGACAGGCCCGGCUCGCCACGCGGCGACAGGGCGGCCUCGCCCUCGUCGCGGCUCCUCUACUCGACGCACGGCGUCGAGCGCGCCACUGCGGCCACGCAGCGGCGCCUGCACACGCUGCCGACGCCGCCUCACGGGCGAGCGGCUCGCAGCGGCUCGGCGGACAGGCCUGGCUCGCCACGCGGCGACAUGGCGGCCUCGCCCUCGUCGCGGCUCCUCUACUCGACGCACGGCGUCGAGCGCGCCACUGCGGCCACGCAGCGGCGCGUCAGGACCGCCGCCCCGACCCUCGCCAGCACACAUCCGUCGCCACCCCGAUGGCGAUGGCGUGCCUUGGCUCGGCUAGCGGCGGAGUAA